AUGAGCAGCAAAGGGUGCUUAGAGAAGGAGAGGGAUGCUCUCUUGCUUUACAAAGCCUCCAUCAAAGAUACUUCCGCCCUCUUGUCUUCGUGGAAUAUUGCCCAAGUAGACUGCUGCGCAUGGACUGGCGUAGUCUGCUACAACACAACGGGCAGAGUAGGAGUGGCCGAGCUCAACCUUCAAGAGAUGGAUUUGAGGGGUGAGCUCCUGCAUCCUUCAUUAUUGUCUUUAACUCAUUUGCACACCUUAAAUCUAAGUUAUAAUGACUUUGAGGGCGCCCAAAUUCCACCUCUUAUUGCUUCUCUUAACAAACUCAGGUAUCUUGAUCUUUCUUGGUCCAACUUUAGUGGAACCAUCCCCCCUCAUCUUGGAAACUUAACUAAUCUUCGUCAUCUUGAUCUCAGCUCGUAUUAUAAUUCUGCCAAAGUUGUCCACAGCCUAGACUGGCUCUCUGGCCUUUCUUCUUUGAUUUAUCUGGACAUGUCCGUUUUGGAUCUCAGCGCUGCCUCCCAUAAUUGGAUAUGGGCAGUCAACAUGCUACCUUCCCUACAAGUAUUAACUUUAUCUGAUUGUAAAAUUAAUAAUAUCCCUCAGUAUUCUCUUAGUUUCCAUCUCAACCUCACUUCUCUCAGGAUUCUCGAUCUUAGUUUCAAUAACUUCAACUCUUCUUUUCCUAACUGGUUGUGCAAUCUCACCAGCCUCUCCUAUCUUGAUCUUUCAAACUCUGGAAUUCAAGGGACUCUGCCUACCGAAAUUGGCAACUUAAUUGGCCUCACGCAUCUUGAUCUUUCCUCCAAUUGGCUCUCCGGUCCCCUUCCUAAUGCAAUUUGGAAAUGGAAGAAUCUAUUAAGUCUCAAACUGAGCUAUAAUUUGCUUGGAGUUUCUUUACCAGUCGGGAUUACGAAUCUCUCAAGCUUAUCUGCACUAUGGCUUGAUAAUUGUUCACUAAGUGGUCCAAUACCUAGUGACUUAGGAAAUUUGACUACUCUAAAUACUAUUUCUCUUUCAGAUAAUUCACUUUCUGGGUCAAUACCAAUUGAGAUUUGGAAACUAGCCAACCUAAAUGACCUUGACCUCUCUUAUAAUUGGUUCGAGGGUGAAAUCACUGAGUUCCACCAUUCUAAUCUUACUUCUCUAGAUCUCUCCUACAACAAAAUUAGUGGUACUUUGCCACCAACAUCCCUACCGAGUUUGACUAAACUAAAUUUUUUAAAUCUUCGUUGGAAUCGACUUGAAGGUCUAAUUCCACAUUUUCCACCCAACCUUAAUUUUCUAGAUCUAUCCGAUAAUGCCUUUUCGGGAAAACUACCACCGGCCUUAUUCAUGCUGCAGCAACUAUCUUAUUUAUCUCUAUCGCAUAAUCAUAUUAAUGGAAGCAUACCACCCAAUGUUUGCAAUUCUCAUAUACUUGAGCACCUCGACAUGUCAAAUAACCAAAUAACCGGAGAAAUUCCUCAGUGUUGGCAAAAGGAUUCACUUCUUGAGUAUAUUAAUUUGGAAAACAAUAUGCUCUUUGAAGAAAUUCCAAGCUCUCUUGGAAAUUUGAUGAGACUUCAGUUCUUGCAUUUGAAUAACAAUAAUUUAAAAGGGCAUCUUCCAUCAUCAAUGCAAAAUUGCACUUGGCUACGGGUUGUUGAUCUUGGUGACAAUAGUUUUUCUGGAAAUAUACCAGUGUGGAUUGGUCAAAGUUGGCAAUACUUGGGCAUUCUUCGACUACGAUCAAAUAUGUUUAAUGGAAAUAUUGAUCCACAACUUGGAUAUUUAAGAUAUCUACAAAUUAUCGACCUUGCAAAUAAUAAAUUGUCUGGGCUAAUACCACGUUCCUUUGGAAAUUUCAACACAAUGAUUUCAACAUCAACAAGAUCAUCUCAUCGCUUUGAAGAAAUAAUAGAAUCUGCAGACAUAGCUUGGAUAUUUAAUGAAAAUAUUACUUUAGUUACAAAAGGAGAUCAACUUACCUUUUCUUCCAUUCUUUAUCUUGUCAAGAGUAUAGACCUUUCAAAUAAUGGCUUGACAGAUGAGAUUCCUGAAGAACUAGGACAUCUUGUUGGACUUUACAAUUUGAAUUUAUCAAGGAACUACUUCAAAGGCAAGAUCCCAGAUAGUAUCGGUGGAAUGAGUUCAUUAGAAACUCUAGAUUUGUCACUCAAUAAUUUGUCAGGGAUAAUUCCUCAAAGCUUGUCAAAACUAAAUGCUUUGAACCAUUUGAAUUUGUCUUAUAACAACCUAUCAGGAAAUAUUCCCUCUGGGCAUCAGCUUCAAACAUUAGAUGAUGUAACUAUUUAUAUCGGCAAUCCUUAUCUUUGUGGAGACAUAGUAAACAAGAGUUGCUUUCAUGGGGACAACAACAAUGCAACAAGCAAGGAGAAUGCAAUGUUAUCGCCAAUGUUAUCAAUCUAUCUCAGUAGUACACUUGGAUAUUUUGUUGGAUUGUGGAGUGUGUUUGCCCUUCUACUAUUCAAGAAAAGAUGGAGGUACUCUUACUUUAAGAAAGUCGAUGAAAUUUAUGAUAAAUUCUAUGUGACAAUCAAGAUAAAAUUGAAUGGAAUAGCGAAUGGUUUGUUUUUUUUUAGAAAAAAUAAAGUUUAUGGUGAAUGUAACAAUAAGUAG